GCACUUUCUUAAUGGAAUUUAUUCGAUGGUUAAACAUACUUUUCUUCUUUGGGAUAGCAUGUCUGGUUGUGCAUUUACCUCUCUGAGGAUUCAAUAUCGAUUUCUGGUUUAUGAGGCGAAUCAAAGGGAGCACUACGGCCAGGAAAUCCCAAUGAAGGGCUGGACGAGCCGUGUCGGCUAGCAUAGCUAGCGAGCUAGUUUACUGUCGAAAGCAAGCUAAUAAUACAAGUUUAUUAGGUUUAACACCACUUUUCAAAGUUUUUAUGAUAGAUGCUCAAAAUGAUCGUGUAAUGUCUCAUAGUCUUUAAUAGUUUGGCCCUACUUUAUCUGUCUUAACCCUGUACAACAUCGAAUUGUUGUCAGCGUGAACGAGUUGACCUAGCUUAGCUAACGUUAGCCUUUUUGCUAACGUCAUUUGCGACCAUAAGGGGACUACAUCCAGCACCGUACCAUAACAAAGGGAUAGCUUCUAAAAAAACGUAUCAGUGAAUUAUUGUGCAGAACUAAUCAAAGCAUCGGACCCUAUUGACGCAGCAAACACUAAACAGUCCCUGUACCAACGCUGCUAUUAUGUACAUAUUGGGGAGGGUUCCCUUGAUUAUUCAGUUGUAAACAUUGACAUGCAAUCUCCUAUAUUAUCAAACAGUUAGGAUCUGUUAUUCAUUGUAUAACAAAGUUCAUGGGUUCUGUCAUUAUCGUCAAGUGAUCGGAUCGUUUAUGAUUUAUAUGUGUAUUUUGGUAGCUCGAAACUCGUCUUGUUUCAUAAGUCGACUAUGAUGUUGGAAUGAAAAAAUAUGAUGCCUGUCACGAAAUUCCUUUUUAAGUGGUACAUCUCUAAACGAUAAUUUAGCCAAUCUAAAAUAAUUAUCUCCCUUAUUCGCCUUUGUGAGUUUGAUUGCACUGUGCAUUGCAUUGUACUGUGUCUUGGCUGUUUGUAUUGUAUUGCUAUUCACUCAUUUACUUUCACAAGAUUCUUUGUUCACUUAUCACAUGCAUGACAACCCUACUAUUUAGAGUCAAGACUGGUGUAACAGCACUGCCCUUACUGAAAGGUUUAGAUCUCUUCACAAGUUUGUUAUCCAUCUAACCUUUACCGUCAUGUCUUUCCCGUCUUAUUUCCUCUCCAUUAUUACAGGACUGUCUUUAUAUUUUGAAGAUGGCCACGAUGAUAUGGAUGACUUCCACACAGUUGGAUUUGAAAACUAUGGCUCAGAGUGUGAAGGAAUACGGAUCACAGCCUUCUUAGAUGCAGGGCAAGACAACCUCACUCCUUUAGGGAGGCUUGAGAAGUAUGCCUUCAGUGAGAACCUUUUCAACAGGGAGAUCGUGGCACGCGGGCUGCUAGAUGUGCUUCGAGAGUUCAGUGACAAUGAAAAUGACUUUAUCAGUGUCAUGGAGACAGUUGCCAGAAUGUCAGAAGAUGGAGAGCCAACAGUGCGGGCUGAGCUAAUGGAACAGAUCCCAAACAUCGCCAUGUUCUUGCAUGAGAGCCGACCCAACUUCCCAGCAGCUUUCUCCAGAUACCUGGUACCUAUCGUGGUCCUGUAUCUCACCGACCCAAAUAAUCAGGUGCGGAAGACUAGCCAGGCAGCCUUGCUUGUUUUGCUGGAGCAAGGCCUCAUCUCUAAGGCCGACAUGGAGACCAAAGUCUGCCCCGUUCUGCUAGAACUCACAGAGCCGAGCAGCGACGACGAUUACAAAUCAGAGGCCGUUGCUAUCAUGUGCAAACUGGUCACCAUGUUGAGCAAAGACACCGUAGAGCGCCUGCUUCUGAUGCGCUUCUGUGAGCUGUGCAGUGAUGCCAGGCUUUUCCAAGUCCGCAAGGUCUGUGCUGCCAAUUUCGGAGAGUUCUGUUCCAUUGUAGGCCAGGAGGCAACGGAAAAGCUGCUGAUGCCCAAGUUCUUUGACCUGUGCUCAGACAGCCUGUGGGGCAUCAGGAAAGCCUGCGCAGAGUGUUUCAUGGUCGUCUCAAACUGCACAUCCCCAGAGGUGCGACGGACAAAACUGUCGCCCCUCUUCAUCAACCUCAUAAGUGACCAGUCACGCUGGGUGCGCCAAGGAGCCUUCCAGUCUCUUGGCCGCUUCAUUUCCACCUUCGCUAACCCCUCUGGCACUGGCCUCCACUUCCGGGAGGAUGGCACCUUACUUGCGCUGCCCAGGUGUACUUUAGAAAGUGACUGCUCCAUCAACCCUCUGAAGUGCUCUGAAAUGGGGGGCUGCCCCACGCAAAGGACCAUCAGCCACACUCCUGCCAACCAGGACGGCCGCGCCACUCCUUCCCCUGAGCGCUCCCUGAUGGCUGACCUCGAGUAUGCACACGCUUUCGGCAACAACUCCACGACCGCUGCCUCGGAGCCGCGAGGAAACCCCACAUCCGGUGGCCCUUAUAGCAACACAAACAACAACAAUGACCCCACGGCUACGGAGAACGACAAGAACCAAAAGGACAUGGAGCAGGCCGACGAGAACUUCAACUCUUUUAACUACUGGAGGCCUCCGUUACCCGACAUCAGCGGGGAGCUGGAGAUGCUCACUAGCCCAACCACAGGGGAGGAAGUGGAAGGAGAGGAAGAGGAUGAGGAGGAAUGUCCUGUGUCAACAUACAGCCCAGCUAAAGCCACCAGCGACCAGAUCCAGAAAGUCCUGGACUGCUUGCAGCCCCAUAUGGAUGACCCCGAUGUACAGGCCCAAGUCCAGGUGUUGUCGGCAGCCCUUAAGGUGGCCCAGCUGGACAGCCCGACGGAUGGCUGCCCCACCGAAGACCAGCCAUCGAGCCCAACGGAAGGCCACGCCGACAGCGAUAGCCCCCCACCAGAGACCAAAGCGGCUGAGGUCCAAGUGGAGAGCGAGCAGAAUCCCACAGAAGAGGAGCAAAUGGUGGAGCCUCCCCCGGUCCCGGAGUCCUGCCCCGUCCAGGAACAGGGCGAGAUGGAGACCCAGACUGAGCCCCAGGAGGGCCAAGAAGACUCUCCCCCAGGUUCCCCUGUCUUGGUGCGGGACGACUCGGACCACAGCAGCGUGGAAUCUGAACUGAUUGAAAGCGUGGAGGAGGAGAAGGAGGACUCUGCCCCUAGUCCAGUGCCAGAGGAGAAGCCUAAGCUCCAGAACGUCAUACCCCAGCAGCUCUUGGACCAGUACCUGUCCAUGACGGACCCAGACAGGGCCCAGACGGUGGACACGGAGAUAGCCAAACACUGUGCCUUCAGUCUGCCUGGGGUGGCCCUCACGCUUGGCCGCCAGAACUGGCACUGCCUCAAGGACACAUACGAGACGCUGGCCACUGAUGUUCAGUGGAAGGUGCGUCGAACGCUGGCCUUCUCCAUCCAUGAGCUGGCGGUGAUCCUGGGCGACCAGCUGACGGCCGCCGACCUGGUGCCCAUCUUCAACGGCUUCCUCAAGGACCUGGACGAGGUCCGCAUCGGCGUCCUCAAACACCUGUUCGACUUCCUCAAGCUGCUGCAUGCAGAGAAGAGGAGAGAGUAUCUUUACCAGCUGCAGGAGUUCAUGGUGACCGACAACAGUCGCAACUGGAGGUUCAGAUACGAGCUGGCCGAGCAGUUGAUCCUGAUCAUAGAGUUGUACAGCCACUACGACGUGUAUGACUACCUCAGACAGAUUGCUCUCACACUCUGCUCAGACAAGGUUUCCCAAGUCCGGUGGAUCUCCUACAAACUGGUGGUGGAGAUCCUCCAGAAGCUGUAUGCAAGUGGAGCUAAUGACCUAGGCCUGAACUUUAUCAACGAGCUCAUAGUCCGAUUCUGCCAUUGUAACAAGUGGGUGGGACGGCAAGCCUUUGCAUUCAUCUGCCAGGCUGUAGUAGAGGAGGACUGCAUGCCCAUGGAUCAGUUCGCCCAGCAUCUCCUGCCCAGUCUGUUGAGCCUCUCUUCGGACUCGGUGGCCAACGUGCGCGUCCUCGUAGCCAAGGCCCUGCGACAGAGCGUCAUGGAGAAAGCCUACUUCAAGGAGCCCGGCUGCCCCUUCUCGGACGAGCUGGAGGAGACGGUGAUGGCGCUGCAGACGGACAAGGACCGCGACGUGCGUUUCUUUGCCACUCUGGAUCCAAACAAGGCCCUGAUGGACACGGCCCCUUUAAUCUAGCCGCCAUCUCUGCCCCCCCUCCCUCACUCCCCUUUAACCCCCUCCGCCUGCCUGUCUGUCUACCUGUCUGUCUGACUGAGGCACAGUCAGCGUCUAACUGCCGUCACCAGCACCUGACCACCAGACCCCACCACCUGCAGA